ACCCAUAGAGGAGAGAUAUCUCUUCUCUAUGCUCAGACCAAGGAUUCGACUCUUAGCUUACCACAGAAGCUCCCAGCGUGCCUAUCUGAGGCGCGGGCGCGCUUUGGCUGUUGCAGACCCGCUUUCGUGUGAAUUCGAGGGCCGCGUGUACGCGCACGGGGACGAAUGGCAGCCGGACGCUUGCGCAGACUGCAAGUGCCGCCGCGGCCAGGUGGAAUGCGUCCAACGCACAUCGUGUUCCUCAGGUGGUAGAGACUGUGGUGGAGUAACUUGUGAAGUUGUAGACUGUGCAGGAAGAAGCUAUAUUCCUUUGGGUCAAUGCUGCCCUGUAUGCGCAGAUGAUGAUGAUGACGAGGAUAGUGAAGAAACCAAGAUUGAUCUUGCACCGGUCACUCCUGAAAGAAACCCAGGAGCUAACCCAGAUUUAUAUCCACUCCCAGGACCCCCAGGUGAUAUCGGAAGGCCAGGAGAACCAGGAAGACCAGGCAGUGCAGGUAUACCUGGGCACCCAGGUUCCCCUGGAAUUCCAGGCAACCCUGGACCACCAGGUCCAGUUCCUGAUUUAACCCACUAUCUAACAGCUUUAUCCCAGCAAUAUGCAACCAAUGAUAAAGGUCCAGGAACUGGUUUUGGUGUUGCAUCCUUAGGACCAGAAUCAGCUUACAUCCAAGCACAGGUGGGACCAGUAGGACCUCGGGGAGCUCCAGGACCUCCAGGUCCUCCAGGUCCACAAGGUUUCCAAGGUGUUCGUGGUGAGCCAGGGGACCCUGGUCCAAGUGGACCUCCGGGACCUUCAGGACCACGUGGAUUGCCUGGACUCCCUGGCAAAGAUGGAGAAUCAGGAGAAGAUGGAGAAGCAGGUCAGCCUGGACCAGCCGGUCCCCCAGGAAAUCGAGGAUUGCCAGGCAUGCCUGGCCUACCUGGAAUCAAAGGACAUCGUGGAUUUCCAGGAAUUGAUGGAGCAAAGGGUGAACAAGGACAAGCUGGAGAGAAAGGAGCACAAGGAUCGCCAGGUCAUAUGGGCCCUGUUGGACCUACAGGACAAGCAGGUCCUCGAGGAGAGAGAGGCAGAGAAGGACCCCCAGGUCCUCCAGGAGUCAGAGGUGUAGAUGGAAUAGCAGGUCCCCCAGGCCCUCCAGGUUCUAUUGGUAAACCUGGACCUCCAGGAUUUCCUGGUAGCCCAGGAUCAAAGGGUGACCAAGGAAGCCAAGGUCCUAAAGGAAGUCAGGGCCUGCAAGGUCCACGAGGUGAAUCAGGACGACCUGGGCAGCCAGGAGAUCUGGGACCUCCAGGACCUCCUGGAAAGGACGGAUCAGCAGGAGAGAAGGGCAGUCCGGGAGCUGCUGGAUUAUCAGGUCCCCCCGGCUUUCCUGGGCAAAGAGGUCCUCCUGGAUUGUCAGGCAGCCCAGGUGCUCCUGGCAGCAAAGGCAGUCCUGGGACUCCAGGAGAGCGAGGUUUUAAGGGUGAAGGAGGAAUGAAAGGAGAAUCAGGUCAACCAGGCCCUCGAGGUCUUCCUGGCCCUUCAGGAAGUGAAGGAAAGCGAGGCAAAAGAGGUUUGCGAGGGCCAACAGGUGCAGCAGGACCACCAGGAGAAAGAGGUGCACCAGGCGCCAGAGGUCUUCCUGGACCAGAUGGAGCUGUGGGACCUAAAGGGCAAACGGGUGAUAGAGGGCCAGUUGGACCCCAAGGUACUAAAGGAACAUCCGGAGAUGCAGGCAGACCAGGACCUCCCGGUGUUCAGGGUCUGCGUGGACCACAAGGUCGAACUGGACCUCCUGGAAAACCUGGUAAUCCUGGAGAACGAGGAAUCCAAGGAGCCGAUGGAAAACCAGGAGAGCAAGGGCCACAGGGUCUGCAAGGCCUUCCCGGACCUUUGGGACCCCCUGGCGAAAGAGGAUUUGGUGGAGAACCAGGUAAGGAUGGAGAACCAGGACCGCCAGGAAAUCCUGGACCUCGAGGAGAUUCAGGGAAAGAUGGAGUUCCUGGCAUUCAGGGUCCCCCUGGUCCUCCUGGAGCAGAUGGGGAAAGAGGGCCUCCAGGUGCUGUAGGACCACGAGGCUUCCAGGGUCUUCCAGGUGCUGCAGGUAAUGCUGGCAUCCCUGGUAAGGAUGGAGAAGCAGGUAUUCAAGGACCUCCCGGCAUUCCUGGAUCCCCUGGUUCAAGAGGAGAACGAGGCUUCCCAGGAGAAAGAGGAUCUGGACCUCCGGGAUUAAGAGGUGAAAAGGGCCACUCUGGACCUUCUGGACUUGUUGGAUUACCAGGCAUGCGAGGACAACCUGGACCUCAUGGUCGACAAGGAGAGAGAGGUCCACAGGGCCCCGUUGGUUCUCAAGGGCCACCUGGAGAACCAGCAGAGCGAGGGGACCCUGGUCCACCAGGGCCUCCUGGAGAGGCUGGAGCACCUGGAGGACCAGGAGAGAGAGGUCCUCCUGGUUCACAAGGCUUGCAGGGUUUCCCAGGUCCGCAAGGUUCAUCAGGACUACCUGGUGUGAAGGGAGAACGUGGAUUUAUAGGCAUGAAAGGAGAACAAGGCUCCUCAGGUUCUCCAGGUCAACCAGGAGAACCAGGACCUCCAGGUCUUACAGGAUUGACAGGACCUAAAGGUGCUCGUGGUGAACCUGGAGCAAGAGGAGAUGCUGGAAUUAUGGGUCCUCCUGGUCGGGCAGGAGAACCAGGGCAAGCAGGACAACCUGGCCCACAAGGUCCUGCUGGACCUUCUGGUUUGCCUGGGAUCAAAGGCUCUCAUGGAGAUACAGGGCGUCAAGGAGCACCAGGACCGCAAGGUCAGCCUGGAGCGCCUGGUCCUGAAGGUUCCAAAGGUGACACAGGAUCACAUGGCUCUCCAGGUCCUGCAGGGCAACCUGGACCACAGGGUCCUGCAGGAGACAGAGGUCUGCCAGGUCUCCCAGGACCAACAGGACCAGCAGGUAUCCGUGGGACACGAGGUGCUCCAGGAGAAACAGGACCACCAGGGAAGCCAGGAAAUGAAGGUCCUCCAGGUCCCCAAGGACUUCUUGGUCCCCCAGGUCCUGCAGGUCCUCUUGGUGAACAGGGUCCAGAAGGGCCUCCUGGCAAAGUUGGACCACCAGGUAUUGCAGGAAGAACUGGAGACAAAGGACCACCAGGUCCAGCAGGCAAUUCAGGUGUCCCAGGAGCUCCAGGACUCCCUGGACCUCCAGGUCCUACUGGCCCAGCUGGCCCUGCAGGUGAACGUGGAUUGCGAGGAGAGACUGGCCCUCAAGGAGUAGAAGGCCCAUUGGGUCCUCGUGGGAAACCUGGAGCACCUGGACCAGAGGGUGGAAAGGGAGACAGGGGAGAAGAAGGUCCCAAAGGAGCCAAAGGUCACCGAGGGUUGAUAGGUCUUCAAGGUUUACCAGGAUCACCUGGACAACAUGGAGAGAAGGGAAUGACUGGGCCACCAGGUCUACCAGGAAAGGAUGGAGAACCUGGUCCUAAAGGACCACCUGGUCGUGAUGGUACUCCUGGACUCCAAGGAAUAAAUGGUCCCCCUGGUCCACGAGGACCUCCUGGAGAAGAGGGUAGACAUGGUCCCCCAGGACCUGCAGGACCACCUGGUCCAGCUGGACCUCCCGGAGAACCUCUUGGCUAUGAUGCAGCAGCUAUUGCAGCAAUUUUAGGACAGGGUCAAGUUAAGGGACCUGAUCCUCUGAGUGGAGAUGAGCCAGCACGUAUAUUUGGAACAGAUAUCAGUGAUGAAGCUCGCCGCGAGUUAGUACUCAAAGCCUAUGAACACCUCAAGGCUUCAUUUGAAAGAUUCCGUAAACCAGAUGGUCAAAAGACAUCUCCUGCAAAAACUUGCAGAGAUCUAUUUGUAGCAUACCCUGAAUCUCCAAGUGGUGAUUACUGGAUUGAUCCAAAUGAAGGAGAUAUUCGAGAUGCUAUCUUAGUACACUGUGAUGCUGAGAAAAAGGCAACAUGUCUUUAUCCAAGCCCUAAUCAAACACCAGAAAUCAAAUACACUGGUGAAGAACCUGAGGUUUGGGUCAGUGAAGUAGAAGGGGGAAUGAAGAUGGCAUAUAAGGCUGACAGCAACCAAGUUGGUUUCCUGCAGCUGCUGUCACGAAAUGCUCAACAAAAUCUCACGUACCACUGUAAGAAUUCAGUAGCAUAUUUUGAUGCUGUUAAAAGAACUUACAGAAAAGGUAUUAAACUUUUGGCCUGGAAUGAUGCAGAAAUAACACCCAGAGGAAAUCAGCGAUUCCGAUAUGAAGUAACUGAAGAUGAAUGCCGGUUCAAACGCAGUGAGUGGGCUCGAACUACUAUUACCUACACCACUGAUAAAACAACACGUCUUCCAAUCUUGGAUGUAGCAGUUCGAGAUGUUGGGCAAGAAGGACAGAGCUUCAAAAUUGAAAUAGGCUCUGUUUGUUAUACUUGAAUUAGAUGCAGGAGCUAAUUCAUCAUGAUUGCUUCUAACACCAGAUGUGAUGUUCACAUCACGACAUCAUCAUAGAAGCGUGUGUUCCUUCUAGAAUUUAAAAAGAAUUACAGGACAAUGGGGGCACACAUCUAUAAAUCUCAAACUUUGUAACAUUCUUCAACACUUUAGAAAAUCAUGGGAAUUACUAAUAUGUGAGCAGUGAAUAUGAUGAAAUUAUUGAACAUUAAUGUCCCUCGGGAUAAUUUUCAAUACAUGCGUGCACAGCUUAAAACAGGGAGGAGGGAGGCAACUUAAUUUGUGGGCCACUCAGGACCCCCUUUCGCAUUAAACUUUUUUUUAUUUACCUAUGGGAUAUUUUACUAGGGAAUAAAUAAUGCAUACUACAACAAGAAUGCAAUUAUAACUUUAAUAAUAGAAUUAAUAAAUAAAAUUGAUUUUAUGUUGACAGGUUACCAGAUGGUUUUGCAAAGCCUCUAAUGUGCAUCAAUUUCCCAAAUUGUCACAUUAACAGGAAUUGGAUAAUAUAUACAGAAAAAAAUGGUUUAUUACCUUGUGGUACAGGCCCCUUUUGAAAUAUUCAGCCUCCCCCUGUUCCCCAUUUUAUACUACUUUGCUUUUGCAAGAGAAAAGAAGACAGCCCCCUUGUAUAUAUAUACCAACCACUGCCAUGAGAAAGAUAUAGAUUUAUAUGAAAGAGAAUAGUGGUGUGUAAGUUGUGUGAACCUGGUCAACUUCUGAAAUUCAACAUUUUAGAUCAAUGAAUGUACAGCAAUUGCAAUUGCUACAAAAUCCAUGAUGUUUUUGUAUUUAUUCAUUUAUAAAAUGAACACAGAAAUCUUCUAUACUUAUGUCAAAUAAAUUUUGAAUGUUUCCUAACAUUUUAAGAUUUGUAAACCAUAUUCCUCAUUUCCUAUAUAAGCUAUUCAAAAUUACUUAUUUCAAUGGCUCAUAAUAGCCUACAUCAAUUUUCAUACGAAAUACAUUUUAACUACACAGGUCUACAAAAAAACCUAUUUCUCACCUUUUUUUGGAUCUAAUAACUGAUUUUACAUAUUUAAAGUGCAAGGUUUCCAAAAUUGACUUCCAUCUUCCCAUAUCACAUCAUGUUUUUAAAAAAAUGUACAUUUAAAAUUUAUAAUAUAAUAUCUUUAACUUGAAAAUCUGAAAACGUUGUUUGAACAAAAUUAAAAACUGAAAUACAGUUUACCUUAUAUUAUUUUUUUAUAACAGAGUUAAGAAAAUAAAAAUUAAACACAUUAACUUAAGGACAUUACUGUUACUGUUAAUGUUACACUUUACUGUCAAAAUGACUGUUCUCACGCAUAUUAGCAAUCAAUAAAAUCAUU